AUGGCAUUGAUCCAGGAGAGCUUCCUCCUCCCUGCCUUGGAUUUUUCUAGUUCUCAGACACGGAAGAGCUGUCACUGCCCAGCAUGUUCCUGUUGGAUGACUCGCUUCUUUCCCUGGUUUGGCUUGGACAUCGGAGGGACCUUGGUCAAACUGGUUUAUUUUGAACCCAAAGACAUCACGGCCGAAGAGGAAGAGGAAGAAGUGGAAAACCUCAAAAGCAUCCGCAAAUACCUGACAUCAAACGUAGCCUAUGGCUCCACAGGCAUUCGGGAUGUGCACCUUGAGCUCAAGGACCUUACCCUGUGUGGACGUAAAGGCAAUCUGCACUUUAUACGCUUUCCUACUCAUGACAUGCCUGCUUUUAUCCAAAUGGGAAGCGAAAAGCACUUCUCGAGCCUCCAUACUACCUUAUGUGCCACGGGAGGUGGAGCGUACAAAUUUGAGCAGGACUUUCGCACAAUGGGUGACCUUGAGCUUUGUAAGCUUGAUGAGCUGGAUUGCCUUGUUAAAGGAGUGCUGUACAUCGAUUCCGUGGGCUUCAAUGGACACUCCGAGUGUUACUAUUUUGAGAACCCAACGGAUGCUGAGAGGUGCCAGAAGCUCCCGUUCAACCUGGAGAAUCCCUAUCCUCUCCUUCUGGUGAACAUUGGCUCAGGGGUCAGCAUUUUGGCUGUCUAUUCCAAAGACAACUAUAAACGGGUAACAGGCACCAGCCUUGGAGGGGGAACCUUCUUUGGCCUCUGCUGCCUUCUGACGGGCUGCUCCACGUUUGAGGAGGCCCUGGAGAUGGCAUCCCAUGGGGACAGCACCAAGGUGGACAAACUGGUGAGGGACAUCUAUGGAGGAGACUAUGAACGCUUCGGGCUGCCAGGCUGGGCUGUGGCAUCCAGCUUUGGAAACAUGAUGAGCAAGGAGAAGAGGGAAUCUGUCAGCAAGGAGGACCUGGCCAGGGCCACUUUAAUCACCAUCACCAACAACAUCGGCUCCAUAGCGCGGAUGUGUGCCCUUAACGAGAACAUCAACCGUGUGGUGUUCGUGGGCAACUUCCUUCGGAUCAACACCAUCUCCAUGAGGCUCCUGGCCUAUGCCCUGGACUACUGGUCAAAGGGACAAUUAAAAGCACUUUUCUUGGAACAUGAGGGUUACUUUGGCUCUGUCGGCGCUCUCCUGGGACUCCUGGACUCAGCCUGACCCCGUGCAGGAUCUGUGUUGGACCUAUGGAUUCAGGGCACUCCCUGGGUCACUGAGCCCGUGGUUUGGGGGUCACUGAGCCCAUGUUUUGUGUGACAGCCCCCACUGAGCCUGUUCCACUGGGGUGGCCUUUGGGGACAGCGUGGGGAUGGGUGUCUCUAAGAGCUGAAAUCCAUCUGGGAUUACAGUGCAGGUUUGUUCCAAAGGAUGUGAUUGGAAUACACUGGCUGGAUGUGGGGGUGUAUGGGAAGGUCUGUGGGGCAUUUCAGUCACGUGGAAUUGCCCUUUUUACUCUGUGUUUAAUGAUGGUGACAAAGCAGAGCAGGGGCACUCUGCUCCUUCCAUUGGGAUCCCUUGGAGUGCCCAGUGCCCAGGUCAGUUCUGUCUUUGCAAUCAGAGGUUCUCCAUGUGCUGGAAAAUGGUCUGGGAAGGGGGAAGAGCAUCAGCACAGCCCUGGUGUGUAUAACUAACUCCAUAUGGCCCACUGGAUCCACACUGGGACACAGCUGUGCUGGCAGCCAGGCUUUAUCCCUGUCCCACACGUCCUUAUCUCCGUCCUAGGGACGGCAGGUCCAGCCCAGCACGGAUCUGUGCCUCAGGGUGAGUCCCAUUUCAGCCUCCAGCACUCCUGCACAGUCCUCAGCACCCUUGGGGAUGCUGUCAGGGGUGUCAGUCAGCCUCCAACCUUGAGAUCUACAUUUGAGAUGGAAUAAGGAUAUUCAUUGUUUGUCUGGGGUUUUCUCUCUGUUAGCAAACUCCACCAAAGAGACACUUCCUUCAGUCACACUUGGAUCUCUGUAAUAUUCCAUGUUACAUUUAUUAAUGGCUACACUCCUGUCAUUUUGGGGGAGUUCUCCCCUUGCUAUGCAUGCUGUACUCCCUUUUCCCUGUGCAUGCUGCCACACAGCCUGCGAGCAGGAUACUGCUGUGGAGCCCCUGUGGAAGUUGCACCCUCGGGAUGGGGUUUGGAGUGGAUCCUGCAUGCUCAAUAAACGCUCUCUAAAAGCAACGAGGUAUCUGCACCUUCCCUGGGGAUGUGAGCUGAUGGAGACACAGCUCUGGGAGUGCUCUGGCUUCCCAGCUCCAUGGAGCACAGGGAAAGCUCUUCAGAUCCUUCAGAUCAGGCCAUGGUGUCAGGGUUUAUCCCAGGAUAUCAGAAUGACCCUGACCCUAACGCACCCUUCCAGUCCUGGUUUCUUCCCAGAGAAACCAGUUCCCAUCUCUCUGAUCCCCUGGCUGGAAGUGCUGGACAGCCCUGAGCCCUUCCCUGCCUGUUGCUGUAUCCUGAGAUCUUGUGUGGCACCUCCCUGUGAAAAGGGAGGAAUUUACGGAGUCACAGGGUGAGACCCAGCUUUGCUGGGUAGAUCUGUGUUUGUCUCUGAACUUCAGCUGGUGACAACCUGUGAGGUGGAAUUCUGGCACAGCCCAGGGAUUGGAUCUCAGUAAAAUCAGGGAAAAGAACAUUGGGCUCAUGUGGAAGGUGAUCUGUGCUGGCUGGGGAAGAAAAUGUUUGUUUUUCCUGCAUCAAGUUCCAGUUGUGUCCUGCUCUCUGUUCCACAAGAGGUACUGGAGAGGUGAGGGCUGGGAGCAGGAUGGUACAGCUCAGGGAAUGGUUUGGGUUGGAAGGGACCUCAGAGCCCCUCUCAUCCACCCCUGCCAUGGCAGGGACACCUCCAAGCCCUGUCCAGCCGGGCCUUGGCACUUGCAGGGAUCCAGGGCCAGCCACAGCUUCUCUGGGCACCCUGUUUGGGAUCAGCUGAAUUCAGGUUCUCCUUUAGUCCUCAUUCCUUGUGAAAUCACACAAAGGUUCCUAAACUCUUCAUUAAAAACAUCUCCAUUUCCAGAGUGCUGACUGAAGGCUUUCUAGACUCAGCUCCUGCUGUACCACCUAAAAUUUAACACACCUGGCUGGCCUUUCACCCACCCUCACAGCCAAAACUCGUGGAAAAGGCACAGAAAUGUUGCUUUUUUGGAAUGUCUGUGUGCCUGGGACCUGUGUGGCUCCUCGAUGUAAUAAGUCAGCGGUAGGUUGGGCUGGAGAGGGUGUGAGAAUCCUUUGGAAAAGCAGGAAAAAGCCUGGCUUUUAUUAAGCACAGCAGCCUUGGGAGCAGAAGCCACCUUGCCAUGGUUCUGCUGUGGAAAGCUGGGAAAUCCCUGCAGGGCUGGGAAUUCCCAGCAGCAGUCGCACAGCCUGAUCCCCCCAGUCCCUGCCCCGAGGCACUGCUGUUCCUGGGCACAGCAUCCUGCGAGUUUUCCACUUCCUCACUCCAUCCAUGAGCGUAACUCCUUCUUCUCUGGAUUUUCAAGUUGAUCCAGCACGGUCUAAUCCCAGCACCAAAUUUCCUGACUUAUUGUCUAUACUUUUUUUUUUGUAAACUGCUUGUUUUUUUUCUUCUUAUAAAAUAUCACAGUUAUUUUUUAUACACUUCAAA